AUGGUGCGCACUCAGCUCGAAGCUCUUAUCUCCGACAAGUCUGGAGGGCGGAGAACUCUUCGUAAGGACCUGGACGCUGGGACCCUGCAGCAGAUAGAGACUUUCCAUAGGCAGAGCUUCUAUUGGGGCUACCUCUUGAACUUAUCAGAUUCCUUACAAAAAUGCUGUGAUUUAUCCCAGCUUUGGUACAGAGAGUUUUAUCUCGAAAUGACUAUGGGCAGAAAGGUCAAUAAAUGCAUGGUCCGCCACCAACACAACGAAGAAUGCAGUGACCUGAUCACCAUGGAGAAGAGGAUCCAGUUCCCCAUUGAAAUGUCCAUGCCUUGGAUCCUAACCGAUCACAUUCUGCGCACCAAGGAACCUGCCAUGAUGGAGUACGUCUUAUACCCACUGGAUUUGUACAACGACUCGGCGCAAUACGCUCUCACUGUCUUCAAAAAAACAGUUAUUGUACGACGAAGUCGAGGCUGA